UCUGUUGUCAGUAGAACUGUUCACCACUUCAAUCAACAACUAUGACAUGUCAUGUUUUAGCAAUCACGUGCCGUAUUAAAUCUUAAAUGCACAAGAAUAAACAAGCUAAUUUUAUUACCUUGUUUUUCUUGUUCGUUUCACUUCGUCUUUACGAUAUUCAUCAACGUUGCAAUUGUAUUUAGACCCCUCGAAUUCAGAGGCAAUAAUCCUUGUUCUACUGGUUUCUUUUCUUUGGCGAUAGUCUUCCUUUUCACUAUUCAUGACUUCCUUGUUGCCUCACAUGUUCUGAUAGCCAAGUACCACAUGAUGAGCUUCACGUACACUUUGCUUGGCUAAGCCAUCAGACCCGUGGCUUUUAGCUUUCCCAUCUUCCUCGAUAAAUCCAAUACAUAAAUUGGUUGUCAAGCACCAGGAGUUUAUACAAGGUAAAAAGAUGCAACACAUGUAGACGAGGAGUUUGUAAAAGACAUACAAAAUCAACAACCACAAUGAACAACAUCCUAAACAAAGCAAGAAAAGCACAAUAAAAUUAUCCCAUUCACUUGGAGUUGGUGUGUUUCAGUAUAGUCUAUUCUUAUUCUACAACAAACUCUAUAAUCCACCCUUUUUAAACUUUGAUUCUAUUCUCUUAUUAAUUAAUGAAUGGGGCAAAUCUAUAACCUCCGUUUAAAAAAUAGUGCCACACCGACCAAAUGCCAUUACAAUCUCUGUAAACACUUCAUAACAUAAGCCCAUACCUUCUCUGAUAGGCAUAUAUUAAUGAUUUGAGAAUUAAUAGAUUAGAAUCAUUGACUUGGUGUAUGCACAAAAAUUUGAGUUGUUCUCAUGGGUAUAACAACAAUUACUCUAACACCCACAACGCAUCAAAAUUUCUUAGUUAGAUCUAUGUGUACAUAGGAAGUUUAAAUAGACAAUAGAAACUUCCAACCCUUAAAACACUAAAAUGAGUAAACACGCAUAAUUGCAAAAAAAUCUAGAAUGCCUCAGGAGUCAGAUUUCAUAGCCGUCCCUAUAAAUCAUAAAGCCUAAUCAUCAACACAAAAUAUAAACAAUAUGUUACAAGGACAAAAUUAACCAUUGCCACGGAUGCGACAAUUGUUAGACUUGUAUGCGUGCUUUGUGGUGGCAUGGGCUGGAAGGCGGUUGCAGCUAUUGUGGUUCUGGUGGUUGUCAUCGCCUCCGGCGUGAUUGUUGGCAUUCACAUCGGUGACCUCGCCGCCACCGUUUGCUCGGUCUUCCACCUUGUCAUCAGAGUCAGACAGGUUGUCAAAGAGCUUAUACAUCACCUGGUUGUGGAACUCGUCCAAACUCCUAUCCCGGACACCUUGUCCUCCAAUGUCCUUCGACUUUUGGUGCAUCCUAUUUCUUGUCGCUUGUGCAUGAGGAAGACGAAACCCACCUAAAACCAAAAAAAUUAGUUGAUUGGUGGCGUUCAGAAAACUUACUUACCAAGCAAACAUGCCCAUAUGGAAUAGCAGAUCUCCUUGGCCCAUAUGCAAAAAUAACUUUUUGUGCUCUCUCACGUGGUCAAGGCUUGGUUGCUCUUCAUUUUGGCAAUAUUGGCGUUAGCAUCACAAAAAGAGGAGAAAACAUGGAGUUGUUAGGUCUUGGGUAACCCAUGAUCAUACUCUAUUAUACCCAAACCCAUGACCACACUAUAUUGGGUUAUGAUUCCAUUGAUUAUCAAUAAUAGCCCUCCUAAUUUAGAAACGUUACCAUGUUUCGCGUGUAUUAUGCCAUAAUUGCCUACAUGGCCGCACGCCACCACAUGAGCACGCGUCGCAUCGUCUAUUCACACUAUACAACCCUUGCCAGCCUGGCCGGUGUCAUGGCAUGCAGCCACCGGCGCCGUCCUACCACUACAUGAGCACGCGCCGCAAUGUGUUCACAUUUACGCCUAAUAAUGCCACCAUAGCCGGUCUGUGUUUGCGUCACGGUGCCUAUAUGCACCCAACAACUCCCCUCCUCCCCAGGCCCCAAUCAAAAGCGGAGGUUUACUUUUCCUCACACAUAAGCAAUAAGUGGUAGGAAGCACGGAAAGCCAUAUGUCGCGUGUAUGCCAUAAUUGCCAACAUGGCCACACGUCACCACAUGAGCACGCGUCGCAUCGUCUAUUCACACUCCACACGGUCCUUGCCAGCCUGGUUGGCGUCGUGGUGUGUAGCCACCAACACUGACCUACCACUACAUGAGCACGCGCCGCACUGUGUUCACAUUUACGCCUAAUAACACCACCAUAGCCAAUCUGUGUCUGUGUCAUGGUGCUAAGAUGCAUGCAGCAACUCCCCCUCCCCUAGGCCCCAACCAAAAACGGCAGUUUCCAUUUCCUCGCACACAAGCAAUAAGUGAUAUUGCCAUGUGUUGCGCAUAUGCCACAAUUGCCAGCCACACAUGAGCGCGCGUCGCACCGUCUAUUCACUCCACACAACCCAUGCCAGCCUGGUCGGCGUCAUGGCGUGCAACUACCAACCCUGACCUACCACUACAUAAGCACGCGCUGCACCGUGUUCACAUUAUGCCUAGUACCAACACCCUAGCCGGUCCAUGUUUUCUUCAAGGUGAUAAUAUGCAUCCAACAACUUCCCUUCCCCGAGGCCCCAACCAAAAACGGCGGUUUCGUCUUCCUCACGCCCAUGCAACAAGAGAUAGGAAGCACCAAAAGCCAGAUGAGAUUGGAGGACAAGGUGCUCAAGGUAGGAGUUUGGAGGAGUCUUGGAACCAGGUGAUGUCUAGGAUCUUCGACGACCUAUCCGACUUCGAUGACGAGGCGGAAGACCGAGUAAACAGUGGCCGCAAGGUCACCGGGGUGAACGCCAAGAAUCACGCUGGUGGUGAUGACGACCACCAGAACCACAACCAUCGCAAUUGCCUUCCAACCCCUGGCACAACAAAGCACGCCUACAAGUCUAACAACCGCCGCCUCCAUGGCAACCGAUGGGAAGAUGGGAAACCUAAAAGCCAUGGGUCUGUUGGCUUAGCCAAGCAAAGUGUAGGUGAAGCUCAUCAUGUGGUACUUGGCUAUCACAACAUGCGAGGCAAAAAGGAAGUCAUGAAUAGUGAAAAGGAAGGCCAUCACCAAAGAACAGAAACCAGUAGAACAAAGAUUAUUGGCUCUGAAUCCGAGGGGUCUAAAUACAAUUGCAACGUUGAUGAAGAUCGUAAAGAUGAAGAAGUGAAACAAAUAAGAAAAAUAGGGCUGCAUGAAGUUCUUCGCAAUGUUUCUGAUGAUAUUUAUGAGAAUGGCCACGCCUUAUAUGGUGAUACUGAGGAUGUCAAUAGACCGCCUACCGAGGGAGAAGGCCAUUGUGCGAAUAUUCUACAACCAAAUGAUGUAACUCGUGGCAAAGAUAUGUGUUAUGAAAGAGAGUCCAAACAUUGUUUAACUGGUCCUCCGCUGAACUUGGUGGUUCCACAUAUACCACCACCUGGUCAACCUGAUCAGUUAAAAGUAAUCAAGGUCUCAAAUGUCGUGGGGAUUAAUCCAAAACCUUUCGAUCCUGAAACGUACAUGGAAGAGGAUGACUUCAUUACCGAUGAAUCUAAGGGCAAGAAAAGUGUGCAUACAGAUGUUGUCCGUUGCAGAAGGGCCAAGAAUGCUGAUGGCACUGAAUCUCUUGAAAGCAAUGCACGUUUUGUCCAGUGGAAAGAUGGAAGCAUGCAACUACUGAUUGGUCACGUGGCUCUUGAUGUAUCUAUAGAAGAGUCAAGUCAGCAUACCCACUUGUUUAGGAAGAAUGGAAAGGGGCUUCUACAGUCACAAGGAAGGCUUUUACAGAAGAUGAGAAUUAUGCCGCCCGAGUCAUCUUCAAGAUCUCAUAGCUCAUUAACAGCUCCUGUUGAUUCUCAGAAUGAGAAAACAAUUAAGGUGCAAACAUGGUAUGAUAAAAAAUAUCCUGAGAGAAUGAAGCAAGAAAGGGAAAGGGCUGAAGAAAAAAACAUUCAAGCUCGUUCAAUUCUUAGAAAGAAAAAAGAGAAGGUGAAUCAUAAAUACACCCAAUCUCAUAAGGGAAAGCAGAAGCUUACUUCAGGAUUUUUUGACGAAGCAUUAGACGAGGAUGAAGCACCUAGCUCGUGGUAUAAUCCUCAUGGAAGGGUGGCACACAGUGGUUUUGAGCAUAACUUGGAGUUUGAAGCACUGGCUCAGAGACGUAUAAUCAAUGCAAAGGUCCAUGAGUAUUCUGACAGUGAAAGUGAGGAAUUAGAGUAUGGAACAGAAUUCAAGGAUAUAGAGAGCUCACCAAGACAUGAAAGGGAAUAUGAACUGGAUGAAAAUAAUGUAUAUGAUAAAGACCUAGAUGUUUCUUCUCUGCCAAAUGAAGAGAUUGAGGGACCAGAGCAUAAGAGGGGACCUAGGAAGGGCAGGGUGAUCGACUUCGGUGAGGAAUUAUAUCCACCAAAGAAACGAUUUCUCAAUCGUUGGAGAAGGCAGUUGUUAUUGACAGCGAUGAUGAGUGAGAAGAACUGCCAGCACCAAACAGAACAGUCAAAGCGCUACUGAAUUCCGCAGAUGGAUUGUCCGAUAACUUCUUCGUCUCUUAAACGGAUUUGUACGAUAGGAGUGGGACAUGCGUAUGACUAAUGUGGUGCUAUACUUUGUUCACCAUUUUCAGAGUUACCGUCAUAAAACUGCCAUUUUAUAACCUGUUUAGUGUACUUGUGUUGUUUCCAAUCCUUCACUCAUGAUGAAAUUUUCCUCUCCAUGACGUUGAGCGAGAGGAAAUUUUCUUCUGUGCUGCAGAGAAAAAAAAAUCUUCGCUGAGAUGCAAAGUUGGACAAAUUUAUGUAAAUCUUCUGUAGUGAAUAUCUUACUCGUUUUGGAGUACACUUUUGCAUAGGGUGGUGCCAUUUGAACAGUUUGAAUAAACGUCCGGUCCAAGCUUA